AUGGCGUCAAACAAUGUCUUCCCAGCCACCGGCUCCGGCCUCGUCGUCAGCUUCGGCGAGAUGCUGAUCGACUUCGUCCCCACAGUUUCCGGCGUAUCACUCGCAGAGGCACCGGGUUUCCUCAAAGCCCCCGGCGGUGCACCAGCUAACGUAGCCAUCGCCGUGAACCGACUCGGCGGCAAAGCCGCCUUCGUCGGUAAACUCGGAGACGACGAAUUCGGUCACAUGCUCGCCGGGAUCUUGAAGGAAAACGGUGUAAAAACCGACGGUAUUACAUUCGAUCAAGGCGCGAGAACCGCUUUGGCUUUCGUUACUCUACGCGCCGACGGAGAGCGUGAGUUUAUGUUUUACAGAAAUCCGAGUGCUGACAUGCUUCUUAAACCUGAAGAACUCAACCUCGAACUCAUCAGAUCUGCGAAAGUUUUCCACUAUGGAUCCAUUAGUUUGAUUGUGGAGCCAUGCAGAUCAGCGCAUUUGAAGGCAUUGGAGGUUGCCAAAGAAGCUGGCUGUCUUCUUUCCUAUGAUCCCAACCUCCGACUACCGUUGUGGCCGUCGGCGGAUGAAGCUCGCAAGCAAAUAUUGAGUAUAUGGGAAAAGGCUGAUUUGAUUAAGGUUAGUGAUAAUGAGCUGGAGUUCUUGACUGGAAGUGACAAGAUUGAUGAUGAGACUGCUUUGACAUUGUGGCACCCGAAUUUGAAGUUGCUGCUUGUCACCCUUGGUGAGCAUGGGGCAAAAUACUACACCAAGAAUUUCCAUGGAACAGUUAAUGCUUUCCAUGUGAAUACAGUUGAUACAACUGGUGCUGGUGAUUCUUUUGUUGGUGCUUUAUUGUCUAAGAUUGUUGAUGAUCAGUCCAUACUAGAAGAUGAAGCGAGGUUAAGACAAGUGCUUCUGUUUGCGAAUGCCUGUGGAGCAAUCACGACAACUAAGAAGGGAGCAAUUCCUGCCCUUCCCAAGGAGGAGGAUGCACUGAAACUGAUCAAUGCAUAG